AUGAAGUUGGAAUCGCUAGUAAUCGCGGAUCAGCAUGCCGCGGUGAAUACGUUCCCGGGCCUUGUACACACCGCCCGUCACACCAUGGGAGUUGGUUAUACCCGAAGUCGUUGCGCUAACCUUUUUGGGGAAGCAGGAUGCCUAAGGUAUGGUUGGUGACUGGGGUGAAGUCGUAACAAGGUAGCCGUAGGGGAAGGUGCGGCUGGAUCACCUCCUUUUGGAGAUUUGGAAUAUCGACCGGCAACGGAGGUGUUUCAACAAGUUUGAGCUACAUUUUUGUCAAACUUUGUCUUUUUUCAUUUUUUAUUCAGUAAUUGUUUUGCGCAACGAAGCGGUUUUGAUUGGAAGUGGAUAUGGAUUUAUUGUUGAUUCACUGGCCUGUAGCUUUUUGGUUAAGCCUGGGCCUGUAAGCUCAGUUGGUUAGAGCGCACGCCUGAUAAGCGUGAGGUCGGUGGUUUCAAUUCCACCAGGCCCACAAACAGCUGCCGAAUUGUAAAGGCGCCGGAUAAACGUUUUGAUGGGCUUUAGCUCAGUUGGUAGAGCAUCUGCUUUGCAAGCAGAGGGUCAACGGUUCGAGUCCGUUAAGCUCCACACACGAAGCUAUAGAAUGUAGUCAUCCGUUUAAAAGUUAUUUGACAUAUUGAAAGUAGAAAGGAAAAUUGAAAAUAUGUUCUUAGAAAAAUGAAUGGACGUUUUUCCUGCUGAAAUGUGGAAUGUUUCAUUGGCACUAAGCUAACUAAGGGCGUAUGGUGGAUGCCUUGGCACAAGAGGCGAUGAAGGACGUGAUAAGCUGCGAUAAGCUUCGGGGAGCUGCAAAACAACCUUUGAUCCGGAGAUUUCCGAAUGGGAAACCCCCCAGGUAUGCUUAACUGAAUCCAUAGGGUUAUGGAGGCAAACCCGGAGAACUGAAACAUCUAAGUAA